CCGUCGUCCUUGCUGUUCGCAGUGCCGCCUCAGGCAUUGAUGAAUAUCAGGACGUUAAAGUCCCUCCAUCCAACAUCUGGGCCCACUCCACUGACCGCUACGCAAAUGAUAUCUCUGCAUCUGUAUAUCAACCGCCCGCAUGGAAGUGAGGAUUCACUAGACUCACACUAUGGACCAUACAUUUCGACACUUCCUAGGGAGUUCGACAGUCAUCCUUUGACCUGGAUUGUGCAAUCAAAACGUGGCAUGGAAACUGGUGGUGUCCCACUGCUCAAAUACCUCCCCUCAAGUGUGUAUGCAUCCUUGGUUAAGCUGCAUGACCGAUUUUAUCAAGACUGGGAUGCAGUCCGAGUGUACUUGCAGACUGCGAAUUCGUACAUCUCUUCAAAAUAUGACGCCUAUCUGGACCACAAUGACGUUUCUACCAGCAAUUACCUAUGGGCUUGGUUGAAUGUCAACACGCGCUGCAUAUAUUACCGUCUCAAAGCGUCACGGGAAGACCCCGAUAAUCUAACUUUAUGUCCCAUCCUCGACUUCGCCAACCAUACCCCGAAUGGGCUGCAUAGUAUGAUUCCAGCUCCAUCGGAAGCCGAUAUUUGGGACGCUGCGCCGGUAAAACCGACUGGGUUUGGAUUUCUCUCGCCAGCGGAUGCAUCUGUUCAAGAAGGCGAGGAGAUCUUCUUGGCUUACGGCGCCCAUCCUAGCCGCACGCUGUUCAUUGAAUAUGGUUUUGUCAACAAGUUGUUGAGCAACGUUGAAAUUACGGAUGGUGAAGUCGACGUGCAAGAUGUGGUGGAAUCCUUAAUACUCGACCACAAAUCCGGUGUCUUCGUCAAAAGCGUCCUCCAAGACAAAGGUUAUUGGGGAGACUGGAUCCUAUAUUGCUCAGCGGAAUCAGCACAACCAUCCUGGCGCUUGAUUACGGCAUUAAGACUUCAUUGUCUCAUUGUCUCAAAUCAUACAAUGCAUCAUAACGCCAUUCAACCGUGGUGCGAUGUUAUAGCAGGCAAACGAGAGAUGAUAUCCGAUGGAAAUGAACUCGCUUGGAAGGAAUUGUUGAUCACGAUUUGCGAUACAAUUAUCACCAAAGCCCAGGCCAGUCUGGACACUCUCGAGAGCGAGGGUGCUGAAUAUGGUCACAGUGGCAGUGACGGGUGGCUUGCCUGGAUGUGCGAGAAUAUACGGACGCUUUGGAGGGAAGAAUUAUCGGUAGCCGCGGCUGUCAAAGAACGUACGUUAAGAGGAGAUGAUUUUUGAUUUGAUAACAUUGAUUUCCUCAUAAAAUCGAGUCAACGUCCUAGUGCUACCGUGAUGGUUCCAUCAUAUCUGGGACCAUUGGUAUUCAUGUGGCACUCGGAUACUUCGCGACAUCCUGUUGGAUUGAAGAUUUGAACAGCCCCAUUGCAAGCAUAAUCAUGAUGAUGCAUGUCAUGACCCAUACACUUAUUACGAAGUUUGGGAUGGUCAAAGCUGACGGAAACAAACAAAGGAUCAGUGAACAUCGACCUAUUUUCGCCGGUAACACUGAUCGUUUGGUAAGUGAUGGUGCAGGGGUCGUAGUACAAACGCAGAUACUGCUUGAUGUGACACUCUUCAACUUUUAUCGAAAUGCCCUCUGAGGUCAUAACUGGGUUUGUCGCUG